CUUUUGUUAUCCUCCAAAAUCCUCUCCAAACUGGCCAACGAGGAGAGAGAGAAAGACGAGUGUGGAAAACUUCAACAUAUCCCUUAGCAAAAAUGGCGACCAUGGUAGGAACGCCAUGGAUAAGAAUCAAGGUCAUACCAGACUUCCACUCCCCUAUUUUCCGGCAAUCCCCACUUUCUCUCCACCGCACCUUCCGUCGUCACUUCCGCCGGAACUUCUCAAUUUAUGCUUCUUCUGAUUCUCCUUUUCCGAAGAAGAAUGACGGCGAAGUCAGAGUUCGCUUUGCUCCGUCCCCCACUGGUAAUCUUCACGUUGGCGGCGCAAGAACUGCUCUCUUCAAUUACCUUUUCGCUAGGUCGAAGGGUGGGAAGUUUGUUCUGAGAAUUGAGGAUACUGAUUUAGAGAGAUCGACGAAGGAGUCUGAAGAGGCUUUAUUGCGUGAUCUUACUUGGCUUGGUCUGAAUUGGGAUGAAGGUCCUGGAGUUGGUGGGGACUAUGGUCCUUAUAGACAAUCUGAAAGAAAUUCACUGUACAAACAAUAUGCUAAUAAGCUCUUAGACUCUGGUUAUGUGUAUCGGUGCUUCUGUUCCAACGAGGAACUUGAAAAAAUGAAGGAGACUGCAAAACUGAAAGGACUGCCACCAGUGUACACUGGAAAAUGGGCCACUGCUACUGAUGCAAAUGUACAGGAAGAGCUGGAAAAGGGAUCCCCUUUUACAUACCGAUUUCGUGUACCUAAGGAAGGGAGUCUCAAAAUUGACGAUCUUAUUCGAGGAGAAGUUAGGUGGAACUUGGAUACUCUUGGAGAUUUUGUGAUCAUGCGGAGCAAUGGGCAACCUGUGUACAACUUUUGUGUCACAGUUGAUGAUGCCACAAUGGCCAUUUCACAUGUCAUCAGAGCGGAAGAGCAUCUACCUAAUACCCUGAGGCAAGCUUUAAUAUACAAGGCCCUAGGGUUUCCUAUGCCUAACUUUGCACACGUCUCUUUGAUUCUUGCACCUGAUCGAAGCAAGCUGUCAAAGCGUCAUGGUGCAACUUCAGUGGGUCAGUUCAGGGAGAUGGGCUAUCUGCCACAGGCACUGGUAAACUACUUAUCACUAUUGGGCUGGGGGGAUGGUACAGAUAAUGAAUUUUUCACUAUUGAACAACUUGUUGAAAAGUUCACUAUAGAACGUGUAAAUAAGAGUGGGGCUAUAUUUGAUUCUACUAAAUUUAGGUGGAUGAAUGGGCACUAUUUACUAGCUCUGCCAUCAGAUGAGUUAAAUAAAGUUAUUGGUGAACAUUGGAAGACUGCUGGCAUCCUCAAUGAAUCUGAGGGACACUUUAUAGAAGAUGCUAUUGAAUUGCUUAAGGAUGGGAUUGACCUGGUACCAGAGUCUGACAAAUUGCUUUCAAACUUCUUGUCAUAUCCCUUAAGCGAUACUCUUUCAAGUCCUGAAGCUAAGCCAGCUCUUGAAGAUGGGCUCUCUGAUGUGGCAACCAGCCUCUUAGCAGCAUAUGAUAGUGGUGAGCUCAUUGCAGCUCUGCAAGAAGGGCAUACUGGCUGGCAAAAAUGGGUCAAGGCUUUCGGGAAAUCAUUGAAGCGCAAGGGAAAAGGCCUUUUCAUGCCCCUCCGAGUGUUGCUGACAGGCAAGCUCCAUGGUCCGGAUAUGGGAGCUGGUAUUGUUCUUUUACAUAAAGCUGGGACUACUGACAUUGUAAAUCCUCAGUUUGGGUUCAUUACAUUGGAUGAAAGGUUCAAAAUCCUGCGGGAACUUGACUGGGAGUCGUUUACAGCAGCAGACUCUGCUGCAACCUUAGAACCAGCUACAACUGUAGCGCAUUGAGAUAUAACGGAAUUCUGGUUAACUGUGUGUGUGCAAUUUUGACCUUGAAGAGUAGUCAGUGCCUGUUUGCAGUUUGAAUUUACCAAGCUCUUGGUUUGAGGCUGACUGAUAGAAAUUACAACUUUUUGGAUCUAGAAGUAUCACUCAGCAAAUGACUGCAUGGUUUUUAAACACUGAUCAGUUGGUCGUGUAGCUUUAUUUGCAUAUCAAUCAAGAUACAUAUGAUUAUUUGGUAGUACAUCAGUCAGAAAUCUGAAACUGGGCACAUUUGAUUAUUUGGAUCUCUCCACAAGUUGUUUGGCAAAACAUCAGCAAGUGAUGGCGAAUUGAUAAUGACCGAGUUCCGAUGACCUGGUCUUUUCGACUAUUCAAUCCAAUUUAGUGCAACAGGUUUUUUAUUUAUUUUAUGUGGCUUAAAGAUUCUCAUAGGUAGACCAAAUUAAUGAAAUCAAUUUUAUUGGAUGCGAAUA